AACAAAAUGUACAUGCUUUUUUGAGCCCUCACUGUAUCAUUUGCAAGAGUGCACAAUAACAGAUCGCGACGAUCUUUCCUAGUGCGCUCUUUCAUAUGGUACUGUUAAAAAUGAAACUUAUAUGUAGAGUUUUUGUUUUAGAAAACUUCUCAAUAUAAAACCUUGAUAUACGGCGCAUUUGAUAAAGAACUUCAUUAGUUAUCAAAAUCCCUAUUUUAGUUAAGUACAUAGUUUCACGAAAAACAAAACCAAACUUACCUUAUUAUGAUAAAUUUAAUCUGUAUAAUUCAUUUAUUGUUCUUUUCUUUCAGUUGGUUAUCCACCAUUUAGUGAAUCUAUUAGUGGAACUUCAUUAAAUGAUCAAAUUAUUAAAGGCCUUUAUACAUUUCCGGAUGAAUUUUGGUCAGAAGUUUCUGAGCCAGCUAAAGAUCUUAUUCGUAAAAUGAUGUGUGUUGAUUCAACAAAACGAUUAACAAUAAAUGAUGUACUUGAACAUCCAUGGUUAGCUGAUGAUCAUGAGAAUACUACACGUGUUAAUAAAAUAAUGUAUCCAUCAACGGUAGUUUCAACACCUCCAACUAUUACAAGUGCGAAGCGUCCUGCAUGUGAUGAUGAUACUUCAACAAGUGAACCAUGUACGAAACCAACUGAUGAAAAACCAACGGAAAGUAAUCAUUCAUCUGGUAGAUCUAAACGAGUUAAACAUUGA